AUGACUUCGAAUGCGAAUUGUCGUCCGACCAGUGCACUCUCUGCAUCGUCUACUUCCAGCUGUGCAUUAAAUUCCCCUUCUAUUUCCAGUCUCACUUCAUUACUCCCGCUUGCUUCGGAAAACCGAUCUUGUGGACCACUUCAAAAGCAGUCCUCAACAUCGUAUUUCCCAGUGAGCCAGACACCUUUAUCGCCAAUCGAGACUUCAGCUGCACUUCCUCCUGCACAAGUGCCGUCCCUCUCUUUUCACCAUCCACCUCCACCGCCCCAGUUUCUGCCACCGGCAUCAUCUCAUUCAGCAGUCGUCUCCAACAGCAAUUCGGUAUCGCUUUGCCGUACAUCCUCUCUGUUGGCGUUCUGGCCCGAUGGCAGCGAGAGUAGUCAGAGCGAGAAUAGCGAAGAAAGUACUCAUCCGGCUGGUCGCUCACCAAAUGGUCUCAAGCUUCGGUCUACAUAUGAUUUCCCUGCCUCAGGGAGACUAAAACAGAAAAUUUUUGAGUCGACCACGCCGAUUACGACGGCUUCAACAGCAACAGCUGUCGCUCCAGAGGCUGCUUCAAUUGGUGUUGCACAGUCCUUGCUACUUGCAGGUCUCGAGCGCACAGCUUCGUCAACCAUUAUAGACACACAGAUAAACGAAUCAGCAUCCCGCCGACAUGCUCGACGGCCCCACCGGCAAACACAUUCUGCUGAGAGCAGUCCGACUAAGGUUCUGGCCAGUUUUCUUCAGGUGCCUGAGGCUGGUGGUGGAGUGAUGACACGACGCAUGUCCGAACGCCAACUCAGGCGUUCCUUAACCUCAACAGACACAUCUGAAAUCCGAAAUGAAACAAUAUCAUUGGCAACUCAAACUUCCAAGGUAGUGGCCGAGAUGGCCUCCUCUAGAGACCAGUUCUCUUGUUCGGGUCCACUUCGCCCUUUGCCUUCGCUUCCUCUCUCUCGGCGCCGUAUCGUGUCUUUUACGGUCCUUGAGAACUCUGACUCCUCCGAUGUCUCUUCUGAAUCCUCAUUCUCUCCUUCGCUUUCUCUCUCUUCUUCUCUGCCUUCUCCUUCUCCCUCUUCCAAUUCGAUUGAUUCCACUUCAGACGCUCCUCUUGGCAAGUUUACCCGCGGCCGGAUCCGUAAGACUAUUUUACCAGAGCGUGCAGAACAAACUGAUCAAAAUCCUCCCGUUCUAUCUGCAGCUUCUCCCUCCCUUACUCAUGUAUCUCCCUCCAUCUCUGCUUCCUCUGCCGGAACUUUGGAGCCUCAGGAGACUGAUAUAUGA